UAAGUUGUUCUGCUCUCAACAGACUUUUCAUAAGAAAUCAGUUGCGUAGUUGGCACCACUACUUAUAUCUAAUAUUGAUCGAAGAAAAUUUCUACUGCAGGCAAAUGGGACUUUCAAAGGUUUCAAAUAUUGAAGCUUUAGUGAAGGGGAUAAAGGAAGAGAUGUUACCGGACAUCGAUCCUUACUCUUUUGUUUCAGCUUCUGCUUAUGACACAGCCUGGUUAGCCAUGGUUCCUGCAGAUUCCGACCAGACAUGUCCCAUGUUCAAGGAAUGCUUGGAGUGGGUGGUGAAUAACCAGACAAAAGAGGGGUGCUGGGGAGAGUGUGUGGACGCCAUCGACACUCUUUCUGCUACUUUGGCUUGCGUCAUAGCAAUCCACAAGUGGAGUAUUGGAGCUAAUAAUAUAAAACGAGGAUUGGACUUUGUUCAAGAAAAUGCUGAGAAGAUUCUUAGGAAAACUGAGGACCGUUUUCCUCGUUGGUUUACCAUAGUCUUCCCAGGAAUGAUUGAACUUGCACGUAAAGUUGGGAUCCAACUUGCCUUCCCUUCCCAAUUAAACGCCUUCUUGUUAGACAUUUUCCACAAACGACAACUCCUCCUUGAUACCGAGGAACUUAUUGGCAAUCAAUGUUAUCCUCCAUUGAUAUCGUAUCUUGAAGCUCUUCCUCCGUCAUAUGACGUUAGUGAACGAGACAUAACCAUGAACUUGAAUGGUGAUGGUUCAUUGUUCCAAUCUCCUGCUGCCACAGCAAGUGCUUUCAUGGCUACGGGAAAUGAACAGUCUCUAUCCUAUCUGCAAACGGUAGUCGGAAGAUGUGCUAAUGGAGUUCCACCAACUUUUCCCAUGGAUGAAGAGCUGAUAAGGCUUUGUUUGGUGAAUCAACUACAGAGGUUGGGGCUAGCUGACCAUUUUACACAUGAAAUUGAAGAAAUAUUGUUCCAGAUUUACCGGAAUUACAAAACUCUAGAGUGGUUGGAUAAAGCAAGCAAUAAUAUUGUAAAUGUGGGAAUCCAGUUACACAAAGAUUCUUUAGCACUUCGACUACUCCGCGUGCAUGGUUAUAGCAUAUCGCCUCGUCAUUUCUGUUGGUUCUUAAAUAAUCAAGAAGUUAGAGCUCAUAUUGAAGAAAAUCAGGAAUACUUCACAAUCAGCAUGCUGAAUGUUUAUAGAGCCACGGACCUUAUGUUUCCAGGAGAGAAUGAAGUUGAGGAGGCGAGAUCAUUUUCUAGGAAAGUGUUAGAGAAAAUUACAUUGAAAGAUAGUAGCUUAGCAUCUACCGGCCUGAACAAAAUGGUGGAGCAUGAACUGACAUUUCCAUGGAUCGCUCGAUUAGAUCAUUUGGACCAUAGAGCAUGGAUUGAAGACGUCAAUAAUACCAAUGUGUUGUGGGUAGGCAAGACCUCCUUUCACAGAUUGUCAACCCUGUUAAACGAGAAGCUAUUGCAACUCGCGGUGGCGGAUUACGAGUUCCGACAGUCAAUAUACAGGAAGGAGUUGGACGAAGUGAUAAGGUGGUCCAAGAAUAAGGGUAUGAGCGACAUGGGAUUUGGUCGAGAUAAAACUACAUAUUGCUACUUUGCCAUUGCUUCCAGCAUUCCACUGCCAUAUGACUCUGAAGUGAGGAUGAUAAUUACAAAAAGUGCAGUUGUGAUAACAGUUGCCGACGAUUUUUAUGAUACCGAAGCUUCUUUCGAUGAACUGACCACCCUCACUCAAGCUAUUGCAAGAUGGGAUGCUGAGGGAUUGAGUGGUCACAGUAAGACUAUCUUUAAUGCCUUGGAUGAUCUCGUCAGCGAAUUUGUAGCUAAAGUUCGGCAUCAGCAUGGAAUUGAUAUAACAUAUUUUCUUCAGCAGAUAUGGUAUGAAACGUUUAAUUCAUGGUUUGUGGAGGCGGAGGCAAAGUGGAGCAUGGGUGGGUUUGUUCCGUCAAUGGAAGAAUACCUUGGAAAUGGAGCGGUGUCCAUUGCUCUACACACCAUUGUUCUUCCAGCUUCCUAUCUGUUGAAUCCAAGCUUAGCAGACUACAAAAUCAAGGCAGGGGAAUACCAGACUGUUACCAAAUUGGCAAUGCUUAUACCUCGUUUACUCAACGAUAUACAGAGCUAUCAGAAAGAAGAACAAGAGGGGAAACUGAACUACGUUUUACUGUAUCUGAAAGAAAACCCUGGAAUAGACAUCCAAGAUUCGACGGCCUAUGUUCGAGAUAUAAUCUACAAAAAUUGGCCAGAGUUUCUCCAACAUGUUCUCAUGGAUGGAUUGGCAGAAGAACUGCCGAAAUCCUGCAAGUUUCUUCAUUUAUCAUGCGUCAAGGCGUUUCAAAUGUUCUUCCAUUCCAGCAAUAGAUAUGAUUCCAACACAGAUAUGCUUCAAGACAUUCAAAAGGCAAUCUAUAUCCCUCUAAAUAUCAGAUCAAACUAGAGGCCAUUGAUGUCUGAUCAUCAGCAAGAUUGAUCCAAAAGGCAAUGUAUAAAUAAGGCCGGGGAUAUAAUAGGUGACUUAAUUUACUCAAGUUCGCAACUUCUAAAAAUUUAUAAUUAUAUGGAUGCUUUCUGAAAUAAUUAUACUCCAUUAGCAUUACAGAUUUCAAA